AUGGACAAAGUGCAAGCCUUUGGGAAGAACUUCACUCCCUUUGCUGCCCGAACGCAGCAGUACGUCAAGGAACAGCUUGGUCAAGCUGAGGAGAGGACUCAACUUCCAAAUGAUUACCUCGAGCUCGAGAAGCGAGUUGAUGCGCUCAAGACCGUCCAUCAGAAGCUCCUCCAGGUCACCUCGCAAUACUCGAACGAGGCCUAUGACUACCCACCCAACAUCCGCGAAUCCUUCAACGACCUAGGCCGCACCAUCAGCGAGAAGGUUCAACUUCUCUCGCAGGCUUCGUCUCCAGGAGAAGCACAGUCUGCCCUGACUGCUCCGCCAUCUGCAAAGCCCCAGCCAAAGACCUUCAGCCAUGCCAUUGCCCGCGCCGCCCUUGCUAGCUCGCAGGUCAUCGUCAAUGCCAACACCCCCGGCACCGAAGACCAAUUGGCAGUUGGCCUAGAGAAGUUCGCUCUUGCAUCUGAGAAGAUCGGAGAGGCUCGAUUGGCGCAGGAUGCUCAGAUUCAGUCUCGUUUCCUUGCUGGAUGGAACACCACCCUCAACACCAACCUCAUGUUCGCGACCAAGGCUAGAAGGAAUGUCGAGAACUCGAGACUCAUGCUUGACUCGACCAAGGCUGCUAAGGGUGCUACCAAGGACAUGGACCACCUGAGCGAAGAUGCUCGUGCCGAAAUUGAGCAGGCAGAGGAUGAGUUCGUCGGACAGACUGAGGAGGCAGUCGGCGUAAUGAAGAACGUCAUUGAUACCCCUGAGCCACUGCGCAAUUUGGCAGACCUGAUUGCUGCUCAGCUUGAGUACCAUAAGAAGGCCUAUGAGAUUCUCAGCGGACUUGGUCCCAUCGUUGAUGGCCUGCAGGUCGAGCAAGAAGUAUAA